UCUAACCGCAGAAAUGGCGGUCGUGUGAGAAUGUGCGCUACGAACGUGGAGGGGUUUGCUUACUUGUGUUUCUUUGACGAUGGCUCUUGGUUUCAGGUAAAGAUCCAGGUAUGGGGUUGUACGGAAAUCUCAUCAAGAUCAGUGAAACGUCGUCAAUUCUCUUGUAUCUCGCGAUAUAAACUUCAGCUAGUUUCACAAAACUCAGCAAAACUGGAUCGGUGCGGAUCAAAUCAUCCCCAGAGUGACCCUAUCACUUUAAAAACCUUUUGAUAUUUAGUGAGUUACAAGGGUUGAUCCGAUCUGAUCCAAACCAGGUUUUUUUGGAACCCUUUUGUGGACAGGGACAAGAGUGAGAUCGAUUGGUAUUACAAAGUAAGGCGAGUUAAAGUCCGUAAUGUCAAAACUAGGCCAAAGUAGGUAACCUGUGAGCAGUGAUUGGAUGUUCACAGGGUACCUACUCAUAGUGUAGCCUGGAUGCUACACUGUGAGUGGAGAGAAACCACUGCAUGCAACUGUCUGCGUCUUUGAUCAAGACGUUAUCCACGGCCUUGGAUGAAUAAAUUAACUUUGAACAGGUAAAACCUGUUUAAAACUGGUUAAGGCUACUCUAAUCAGUGGCAGAUCCAGGGGAGGGGGCUGGGCCCCUGGAAAAAUGUUUUGAGACUGAACCCGCCCUUAUCUCAGGGUCUGGAUGACCACCCCCACCCCUCUUCUUUGAAUGUCUGGAUCUAGCCCCUGUUAAUGCAAGCGUGCUGUGAAUAUGUGCUCUUUCAUUAUUCCUACCCUCUUACUUUGUCAAAUGUAGGCAAACCAAACUGGAGUUGAAUUCCUAGGGAACAUAUCCAGGCUCAGAAAGAGAAAAAAAGUCUGUUGUUGCUUAUUCAUAAUCUCCAUAAACCACGAAAUAAGGCAUUUUAAUGUGGUAGUCAUGCAAAAACUGCAAAGAAGUGUACAAAAAAGUGUGAUUCAUUUGCAAAGUUGUUGGUUUGCUAACGUUUCUUGCAAAACAAGAGAAAGUGAUGUCAUUUGACGUUUUGAUGUAGGCAUCACGUGGACACGCUUGCUUGAUGGAAAAGCAAACGGUUGCUGGCAGUGGUUUCUCUCCCUUUGUAGCGUAGCAUCCUGCCAAGAGAAACCACUGCUUGCAGGGUACAAAGUAGGUGGCAAGUCUAGUAAAAUUAAAACUCUGAAUCAAGAGAAAGUUGUUGGCAGCUGAACAGUGUCUCUUUGGCUCUGUGAUUUUUGGAAAUGAAAACAGCGAACCAUUUUCAAAAGUGGAAGGAAAAGGCCCAAGCUUUAUUGUAAUUCAGUUACAGUGGAACCAGUCCACUAAUGGGCCACCUCUCCACAACGGCAAUUUUUUUGGGCAGACAGUCCAUACAUUCACUCUUGUUUCAACCUCUCUACAAUGGCCACCUCUCCACAGUGGCCACUUUCUUCUGUCCCCAAGGUGGCCAUUGUAGAGAGGUUCAACUGUAUGUUUCUCACUUUUAGGGAAUUCUUUUGACAGAGGAUAAAAAGCAGUAUGGUGUGAUGGGAGAAAGUGAGUAAUUAAAAAGCUCAUUUUAUACACAUAGAUGUCCAUAAUAAUAAAAGUAAUAAUAUUAAUAUUAACAAUAAUAAUGAUUUUAUUUUAGUAUCAAUGUAUUUAGCUUAACAGUUUUUGCUAAUUGGGGCCACUUUCCUACGUAUUGGCACAUUUAUCUAUUACAAGACUUUUAAAUUAAUGAUCUUACCUAAAACCGAAAACUAUGUACAAAUGUCCACGACUCAAAAUUUACACAGGUCACUGCAGUUACUAUUGUUAUCUAUGUGGCUCAAAAGGUCCACACCCCAUAUAUGUUUCUUGAAUGCUUUGAAGCUUGUCAAGUUUCUGAGCUCACUACUGACCUUUGAGCAAAUGAAAGGUUUUUGGUUGUGCAGCGAAUGCCUCCCACAGGCCGCUGUAUCAAAGCGGGGUAGUUCAAAAUCACAGUUUCUUAGGCAUUGUUGGGUGCUUUUGAUCGUAAAUAACUCAGAUACGCACCUUGGCGCCAUCCCAUAUUUUACUUUAUACAUUAGUGUUGCAAUGUCUUGCAAACACCUGUUAUAAAGCAUAGGCAGCUUGGCGCAAGUGAGGAGUUCCUUGUAUGAUUCAGUUUGAGAUUUAUAUGCUGCGCACAGUGCACGCUCUUGGACUGAAUUAUUAUUAAUACUAAAUGACAGUAAGUUAAAUAUGGCAAGAUGGACAUCUUGCCUAGGUAGGAACAGUGGAACCCCAAUUCAUAGACACCUGAUUAAAGCAGACACUCCCCUAAAUAGCAGACAGUGGCCUUUGUCCUGAUAAAAACCACAUAAUACAGUAUUUUCUUUUGAAUGGCCUGCAUAAUUAAAUGGACAAUCCUUUGUUGAUUGUGAGCAAGCAUUUUGCUGAAAACGUUUUGAAAUAAAGAAAGAUGGUGAACUAUAAGAUUGGUAUAUGACAGCAUGUCAUAAAUGUGGGACAAAAAAAAAAUCUGGAGUCCGUGACAAGAUUCACAGCAGGUGAGUGCUCUAUCCACUGAGUUACAGAGAUGGAGGGAAAGGCCACAAUAUACUAGGUUCACAUGACACACGUCCUGCUUAUUGUUAGGAUUGCACUGUGUUGGUAUAAAGAAUGGUGGUGAGUUUUAAGCUUGGAAAUAAAUGACCCCAGUGUUUGGCCUUUCUCCUCCGUAAGUCUCUCCAUAGGUCUGAAUCCUGUCAGGAACUCAAGAUUUUUUCUUUUUCUAACGCUUGUGACAGUGCUGAUUAUCUCAUCUUUCAGAAUAAUUCUGAAGUUUUGUUUAAAUAGCAUGUGAUCCACCAGAGGAGGGGUUUGCUGAAUGCUGUUUUGAGGAUGAACCACUGUUUUACAAGAUCACUGUGAUUGACCAUGAAGCUAAUGAUGACAAAGUAAGUCAGUCCGAGGUCAGCUAUUGUUGAAUUAAGUGACACCAUUUUAAUCCCUUUAUUUCUGCAUUUUUAAAUCAUAAAUGUUGAUAAAAAUAUUAUUUAUUGUAGAAGACACUUAAUGAAUUUAGGCUAUACAAGUCUUGUAUAGCCUAAGACAAGGCUCCGCAGUGGUGGAAAAAGGGGGAAAAAAGUCAGCAAGGGAAGAAGAAGAAACAUUGGCGAGCAAAGCAAGCUGACUGAUAGUCUGGGGAGUGUAAAGCUGGAGCAACAAUAUGUCCAGUCAAUUGAAACAACAAACAGUAACUUUUAUUGUCAUGAUCCAAAAUAAAAAUUACAAAGAAAACUUAACAUCAAUAAUGUGCUUUUGGACCGUAAUUGGGAAUUAGUGCUCUAUAAAUAUUGUAUAUUAUUAUUGUUAUUAUUAUUAUUAUUAUUAUUAUUAUUAUUAUUAUUAUUAUUAUUAUUAUUAUUAUAAUGUUACUUAUUUAGCUAUCAGUUCACCCUCUCUCCUCCCAUCCUGAAUCCCUGUUGAUGUAAACCUUCUCAUGUUAUCAAGUUUGUUGUUUCCUUUUGACAGGUAUUCAAGCAUGUAAUGAAGACAGGAGGGGAUAAUUGCACCCUUACUUCCAGCGAGCUGGACUUUGAAACUGAGGAACUCUUGGUUGGAGCCAAGGUAUGUUGUGAUGACUGGCGAACACAUUAAAUCUGAACUCAUCCCGCAAAAAAGCCCUUGUAAUAACAAUUUCUGAAAAAUUCAAUAAUAUUCUUUCAUAAGCAGGCUUACCCCUGGCUAGAUACAAUAUUAUUGCAGUAUGUUGCAGUUACGUAAUGCAGUGGCAUUAGUGCCCUAAAAUAAAAAUAAAAUUUAACUAAUCAAACCUUUCUCUAGGCUUGAUUACCAACCGCCGUUCGGGAAAAUAAGCCCGCACCCAUCCCCCCGAAGGAGCGGCUGGACGCGUCCGAUUUCCUUUGUUGGUUUCAGCCAAUCAUGUUACCGCCUUUCUUCGGGGAGGAUCAAAGACCAGACCCGGGAGACGGCGGAAAUCGAACCUAAAGUUUCUCAGGUUACCAUUUAAUUAUCUAGUAUAAUAAAAAGACAAACAAAAACUAUCUCUUGACAAUUGAAAACUGCACUUAUUCACAGUUUGCCUGUUUUUCUUUUUUUAUCAUUUCCCAUUUGGUGCAGGCAGAAAGGCACGUAAUGAAGUACUGCCAACAAGAGUUGAGAGGAAGAGAGAGUGUAGUUUGCUCAGGACGCAUGUCACUUCAUCAAAGCGAUGAGACAAAUGAAUAAUAACUAUGUUGAGUCUAAUAGAGUGAUAUUAAAACUACUGCGGUGUUAUUUUAAGAGCUUUUUAGAUAAGUGCUGGUAUUACGAUCGUGGUGAUGAUGAUGG